AUGUCAUAUCCCGACUACCGGCUGGUGUACUUUCUGACCGACCAAGAGCUUGUCGACACUUAUAAAGUAUGCGGCGGCACACUUGGAAACUUCAACGUCAAUAGCUUUGACGACACCGAGCAUGCCCGCCGAUUCCUCUUUCAUUAUCUCUGUCCGAGUCCCAUCCGACACUGGUACGCAUCACUCGACGGCGAACCCGGUGUGGCAUUUAUGGUCGGGAAGACGGCUCGCAAUAUUCGCAAGUCGAUGAAACGGGACUUGCAACAGAAGUGCAAGGACCUGUUCAAACGAAGCCCGAAUUACUGUUUGCCAGCACCCGGCCUGAUGGGAUCCAGAUCGGACAGGGUGGGCGAUAUGUAUCCGUACCGUCCAAAGGAUUCAGAGCCGAGUGUUGCUCAGUUUCCAGAUGUCAUUCCAAUAGCUAACACACCUGAUCUCGCUCCUAUAAAGAGGCCAUUCCCAGAUUACCGCCUGGUAUACUUUCUGACCGACCAAGAGCUUGUCGACACUCAUAAGGUAUGCGGCGGCACGCUUGGAAACUUCAACGUCAAUAGCUUUGACGACACCGAGCAUGCCCGCCGAUUCCUCUUUCAUUAUCUCUGUCCGAGUCCCAUCCGCACUGACGGCUCGCAAUAUUCGCAAGUCGAUGAAACGGGACUUGCAACAGAAGUGCAAGGACCUGUUCAAACGAAGCCCGAACUAUUGUUUGCCAGCACCUGGCCUGAUGGGAUCCAGGUGGGAGAUGUUUUUUGA